UCUGUGUGGAGGGUAUUGCUUAUACUUCUUAAUUAAUCGAAACCGUGGCUUGUCCUACGAUAAAAUUUUAAAUAAAUUCAACUCAGAAAAUACUCUUGUGAAUGAUAAAAUAGUAUCAAACUUUGUAAAAACAAACCUUUACUUUCCAAAAUGUUCCAAAUGUGGAAUCGAAUGUAGCGGAAAAUGUGCAAAUAGUCUCAGCGAUAUUUGUAUUCAGAAAAAUAGACAUUGCGUUCGGAUAUUUCAAACAAUUCAAUCAUGAAAACACAAACUUUUGAAAGAAAUCUACUUUAAUCCAAAACAUAUUGGAAGUUUUGGUGGACCACAUCGGUUAUCUGCAGCAACGGGAGUAUCCCUGAAGGAUGCUGUAACUUUUCUACAGCAUUAUGAAACAUAUACAACAAACAAAUCUGUGAAGCAUAAAUUUUUUAGACGUGAAAUGACUUCCCACGAAGUUGAUUAUUGUUGGCAAGCUGAUUUAAUAGAUAUAUCAAAAUAUUCAAGAUUAAACAAGGGAACAAAAUAUUUAUUAACAGUAAUAGAUACUCUAAGUAGAUUUGCUUUUGUUAAACCUCUAAGAAAAAAAGAUGGAAAAUCAGUAACAGAGUCUUUCAAGGAAUUAAUCCUAAACUCAAAUCGGAAACCAAAAUUCAUACAAACAGACGAAGGAAAAGAAUUUUUUAACAAACAAUUUUAUAAUUUAUUAAAGGAACAAGACAUAAAAUUAUUUCAUAACCAUUCGCCACUUAAAGCAGCAAUGGUCGAAAGGUUUAAUAGAACUCUGAUGACGAGAUUACAAAAAGUUUUCACAUAUAGAAAAACAAAUGUGUAUUAUGAUAUUUUACAAGAAGUAGUAGAUUCAUAUAAUGAGAGCAAACAGAAUUAUUGAAUGUUCGCCUAGGUCUGUCAACAAGUAUAAUCAGAUGGAUGUUUGGUUUCGGAGUAAUAAAGAUGUUCUUAUGAUGAAGCAUCAAAAACCGAAAUUAAAAUCAGGAGAUUUUGUUAGAAUUAAAAUAAAUAAAGCGCUUUUCAGGAAAGGCUAUUCCCCUACUUUUACAGACAAGAUUUACAAAAUUAGCGAAGCUCAUAACAGCAAACCUAUGACAUAUUCCAUAAUGGAUAAUUCAGGGGAAAAGGUGUUAGGAAUUUUCUAUCCUCAAGAACUAUCUAAAGUGUUAACCUAAGCUAUUUACAUGCAAAAUUAUUUGAAAAAUGAAAGCGGUCCCCAUUUCCGCUGGUGCGGAAAUGGGGACCGAGAUUCAUCAUACAUACGUCACGAUAGCAUUGAAAUUAUGUUUUGAUGCUGCUUUCACUCAUCUACUUAUCUCUUUCUUGGAAUUAUUAUCACCAGUUUCCUGUCAAGGUUACAUAUAAAAUCUAGCUGAGAUUACGAUUUCAUAAAUUUUAUUGUACAAGAAAUCGUGACAACUUACCUUUCAUCUGGGUUAUUGCCAACCGGGUAAUAAAUUCAAAUACCACGAGUGACUAACUAGUGUCAUAUUCACAGAAUCAUACAUCACCGUCACAUAAUAGAUUGUCAUAGAUCUUGUAGAGAGAAUUUCUGACUGGCUCAAAAAGUCGAUAUGUAUGGAUUCCAAACCUAGUUUGACGUUAUCAGUCCCCGGUCACUACCAUUUCAUUUCAUCCAUUUGUUUUGUACGUAUACUGACCAAGACAAGAGAAACGCAGGAAGGACUCGAGGUCAUAUCAUGUCACAUAUCAUGUCAAACUGAACGACAUGGCACAAUCCAUCCAUCGAGGCAGAGCUUAAUCUAACAGAAAUCCACCAACGGAUGAUGCACACUUUUAUAUUUUUGAAAGAUUGUUAUCAACCCAUCCGACUGGGGGAAUAUCAGUUUGGUAACAUGUUACUACUAAAUGGUAACGCUUUUAAUCCUUGGAAGUACAGUACAAUAAUUAGAAAUGGGGCAUUACAAUUUUGUUCAAAGUUACGUACGAGUAGAUAUUAUUUCAUAAACCGGCAAUUCAUACAUACCCUCCUAAAAAACUGGUAUUAAAUCAUUACCGACCGGAGUACACAUUUAUAUGACUCUAACGGCACUGGUAAUAACGGGCAUUAGUAAUGUCGUGGCAAAUUUCGUAAAUUUCACCCUACCACUCACAAACAAACUAAUACAAAUUCGGUAGGAAGUUACUACCAAAUCAAUACAAGUACCAGUACCAUCCCGGUAGCAAAUUACUACCACAUUUUUUAGCGUGUACACACAAACCGAGUCCUGCCACACGGUUGAUUACUCACUCCCAUUUUACAAAGUUAUCACGUACAUAUUCCCGUCAGAAACAGUGAAAACAAGGCAAGUGAUGAGUGGAUCGGAUCGGAUGCGGGUAUCACUUUUCACGUCAUCAGAUCAUUUCAUAUAAUCGUGACGAUUUGAACAAUAAGUUUGUUUUGACCAGGACGUUGUUUUUCCGACCGACAAACACAUCAACAUGUUUCGCGUCUUGAUUUUUAAGCGCAACGCAAAUAAAUAUAUUUUUCAGGAUGCAAAAUCGUGCAAACUUGGCUUGUCGGCUGUUGCAAAAUUUAUGAUAAUCGAUACAGCACGUGCAGUGGAGGAAAUUAGUACUGCAUUGAAAUUCUUGACGGUAUGAAAAUAAAAUAUCACUGUGAAAUGGACCUGCCCCUUUUCACGAAGGGAUGUUAACGUGCGAAUUUUUUUAUAUACGUUACGUCACACAAUUGGCAAAAUUAAAUCAAUAACCAACAAAACAAUUAGUUUCAGUUCUUUUUAUACAAGUUGUUUAUUUCGUCUUUUGUUGACUGUUUGAGCUUGAUAAUUAAAGUGACGUGUUUAACAUGAAAAUUUGUAACGACGAGCAAAGUGAAAAUACACGAAAAAUUAGUUAACAGAUUUGAUUGUAUUCGGUUUUAGUUGAAAAAAAUUCAGCUAAUUCGAAUCUGUUCGUUAACUUGAUAAUUAGCGAAUUUAGUAAAUAAUCAACAAGUGUGUUAAUUUAUUUGCGUAUGAAGCUCUUUUUUAUGCCAGACUCUGAAUACCUAGUUUUAUACGUAAUAACUCUUCAUCACAUUUAAAAAAUUAUGUGAUCCGGCGGAACACUCGCUCAUAAAUCAGAAGCAUUUCGUUUAACAUUUAAUAGAAUUAAGAAUUGCAAAAUUGAGAAUUGCAAAAUAUUGAGUAUUUAACAAUUCUUCAAAAAUAAACCAUUUUGAAAAAUUCUAGUCACAAAUUCCUAGACUAUAAAUAAUUCAGUAACUUGGGAUGGAAUGAUAAACACAUUGCAUUCUUACUAUCUAAAUUGGUAAUAAAUUAACACUAAGCUUCGAAAGUUACAAUUCGGUAACACAUUAUUAACACAUAUUUUUAAACCGCAUAUUACGAUUAUCCAAUCCAUCCAUUCAUGAGAAAAGUAUUUAUGCAUAUUAUUAAGAAGCAGAAAUUUCAUGGUGGAAGAAUUUUAUUUCGAUUUGACUUCCAUCUAAUUUUUUGCGUCUCAUCCGAGAAAGAAUCUACUAAAUCUACUAAUUUACCUGACGGGACCCGGUCGUAAUUUUGAACGCUUAUUAAAAUAUAUACAACGAAAUAGCGUCAUCUUAACGAUUUUGACGUAUGAUGGAUUAAAAUUUCCGCAAUUUUGUCUACAUUUUAAAAAAUCCUGCGGCUUUUUAAACCGUAGCAAAUAAGUAUAUGCGCUUAAUCAAAAAUUGUGCAAAUUCUUCUAAUUUAAGAACAUGGCUACACGCUCAAUUCAAUUAGAGCACAACACAAAUGCAUUAUAAUUGUUCUCUAAUUCUUGAUAAAUAAAAGUGCAUUAUGUGCAUGCAUAACUAUUUAUGAGCAUUAAAAAAUUCUCCCCGCCCACAAUCACUGCACACAGUUUUUUUACGGUAUCAGUGAUAUCGUUAAAAAACUUUCCUUCCAACCGUUUGUCCACCACUCGUCACCAACCCAAGUUAAAUCACGUCAUUUCUAAUAAAACAAUGAAAUGGAAUGAACAACAAACCAUGAAAUAUACUAAAUUUUAUGAACAUUAUAUACAUAAACAUACAUUUUUUCUCACAAGUCGAGCACAGCGAUUACGUCUUUUCGAACUACAUGUUAAACAUAUAUGCUUGAUGUGAUGUACAUAAAAACAAAAUCAAGGAGUCACAGGGUCCAACAUUAUACAAGGUUUAUCAUCGUCUGCAUUCCUAUUUCCCAGGGACACGUAGAUAUAUACAUUCUUCCCAACCCUUUACCUAUAUAACCUCCCAUUGUUUCUAAUUUGUGACGUUUUCAAUUGUUCAAAGUGUUGAAUUACUAACCUACCCCAACCUAACCUAACAAAAAUAUGUAUAUAUACCCAUAUAUUCUGAUAGAUUGCCUAGUCACAUUUGUCAUAUUGGACUUGAAACACCUUAAACUUUUCAAGCAGCAUGCCUUCCGCCAGGAAAGUUGUUUCCAUUUUCUUCUUCGUGGUGCUAUUCGUUGUCCAAAAUUCGGAAUGCAAGAAGUUCGAAAUCAACAAGUUUAUCGAAGAACACGGGACCUGCAACGGAGAAACCCCAACCCUCCCCCUUGAUUGGGUCCCUAAUGCUCUUGCCGCUGCCGCAAAAUGCUUGGACAUCACGGAUGAAUUUUGUGCCAAACUUUGCUUGGCCUACAAUUACGACGGAUUCAUUGUGAACAAUAAACUUGACACGAAAUGGCUGAAGGGUAAAGCUAACGAUUUGGGCGUUAGUAAAGCCAAUGAAAAAUCAAAGGACGCCAUCGUUGCGGCCGUGGAUGGGUGCGCCAAGCCCAAUCCUGCAUACACAAGGCCAACAGCAAAAACUGAGUCAUGCCCGGAAUGGGAAAAAUUUGAUGUUUGCAUGGACGAAGCUUUCAAGGUUGCUUGCAAAGGGAAAAAGGGAAAAGGCAGCGAUGAUUUCUUGAACUAAAGUACACACCUUAUAACGUGACACUCAUAAAAUUACUUAUAUAUUUAGAAUGCAAUUUGCAGUGAAAUUAAGGCAAAUUCUAAUUAACUAACUAAAGGGUCGUAUUUAUUUGUGAACUGAUUUGAAUUUUAAUCU